AUGACACCGCCGGCAUCUGACUCUACGGUUGUCGAUAAAUGGCUCAUGCGUGCAGUGGACUCCCAAAACAGCGAAUUGACACCCCUUAGAGCACGGCAGCUCCAAACAAGCAAUGAGGCGCUGCCUACGCCACAAGUUUUUCAAUUCAAGUCCACACCGCACACACUCUGCCUGCCGGCUGCCUUCACGUGUUUUGAGUCGGAAACUAUGUGCAGGAUGCGUAGUGGACGCAUGCUCAAACAACUGCACCCUAGUUGGAGGUUUGAGGCCCUGGAUCUUCACAUCAGCCGGUUUCGGCAUGGUGUCUUGCCAGAAGCCGUAUCGCAGCAUCAACGCUUCUUGAACCUUGCGACACCGGCCAUCGACACAAGAAAGCAACGCAACACGACGGUU